AUGGGUGCUUCUUCUCAUCUUCCUUCACCUGUAUCUAGCAGGGGUGCUCUUCUGCUUCUCUUGCCGGAGCUCGUACUUGCCACUCAUGCAGGCAUCACAAGGCACUACAAGUUCAAUAUCAAGCUACAAAACGUAACAAGACUGUGCCACACGAAGAGCAUCCCAACUGUGAACGGAAAGUUCCCCGGUCCUCGGAUCGUCGCAAGAGAAGGGGAUCGUUUGGUUAUUAAGGUGGUUAACCAUAUCCAGAACAAUGUCAGCUUGCACUGGCAUGGAAUUCGACAGCUUCGGAGUGGAUGGGCAGACGGACCAGCGUACGUGACCCAGUGCCCCAUUCAAAGGGGCCAGUCCUAUGUCUACAAUUUCACCAUCACAGGGCAGAGAGGGACGUUCUUUUGGCAUGCCCACAUCUCGUGGCUUAGAUCCACCCUUUAUGGACCCAUUAUCAUCCUUCCCAAACGCGACGUUCCUUACCCGUUUGUCAAACCCUACAAGGAAGUUCCCCUCAUCUUUGGAGAGUGGUGGAACGCAGACACUGAAGCAGUCAUCCGACAGGCUCUGCAGUCUGGAGCAGGUCCCAACGUCUCUGAUGCUUACACCAUCAAUGGACUUCCAGGGCCCUUGUACAACUGCUCAGCCAAUGAUUCAUUCAAGUUGAAGGUGAAGCCCGGGAAGACUUAUCUCCUCCGCCUGAUCAAUGCUGCACUCAAUGACGAACUCUUCUUCAGCAUUGCCAAACACACCCUUACAGUUGUUGAGGCCGACGGCAUCUACGUGAAGCCUUUUGACACCGACAAGCUUCUCAUCACCCCUGGACAGACUACUGACGUUCUUCUCAAGACCAAACCUGACUUCCCUAAUGCUACUUUCUUCAUGGCUGCCAGUCCAUAUUUUACCGGUCUGGGCACCUUCGACAACUCCACCAUUGCCGGAAUCCUUGAAUACGACGACCAACCAUCCAAUUCAUCCGCCAUUAACAGGAAGAAGCAGCUUCCACUGUUCCGACCAACACUCCCUCCCAUCAACGAUACCGCUUUUGUGGCCAACUUCUCUAGUAGAAUCCGCAGCUUGGCCACUACACAGUUCCCAGCCAACGUCCCCCAGACUGUCGACAAGCGGUUUUUCUUCACAGUAGGACUGGGGUCAAGUCCAUGCCCGAAGAACCAGAGCUGCCAAGGGCCCAACAAUGGCACCAGAAAGUUCGCUGCUUCUGUGAAUAAUAUCUCAUUCGCACUCCCCACCACAGCUAUUCUUCAAGCCCAUUUCUUUGGGCAGGAGAAGGGGGUCUAUACCAGUGAUUUCCCCAUAAAUCCGCCCUUCCCCUUCAACUACACAGGCACUCCACCCAACAACACACUGGUGAGCAACGGUACCAAAGUUGUGGUGCUUCCCUUCAACACCAGCGUGGAGCUAGUGAUGCAGGGCACUAGCAUACUUGGUGCCGAGAGCCACCCCCUCCACCUUCAUGGCUUCAACUUCUUUGUCGUCGGCCAGGGCUUCGGCAGCUUUGAUCCUAACAAGGACCCUCCCAAUUUCAAUCUAGUGGAUCCUGCCGAGAGGAACACCGUUGGUGUGCCAUCCGGCGGUUGGGUUGCCAUCCGCUUCUUGUCUGAUAAUCCAGGUGCUUGGUUUAUGCACUGUCACUUUGAAGUCCACCUUAGCUGGGGAUUGAGGAUGGUGUGGAUCGUCUUGGACGGAGAACAUCCAAAUCAGAAGUUACCACCUCCUCCUUCUGAUCUUCCCAAGUGCUGACGCUGAUCAUUUUAUUGUGAUCAGGAUCCUACCUUCAUUUUUGGAGUGCU